UGUUUCUGCAGAUCCUGUUAGACUGAGAGCAGCUCAUGCAAAACCUUAUGUGCUAGUUUUCCUAUUUCUUUGCCGGGGGGGGAACUCCUUAGGAGAGAAUGAAGAAACAAAUUUUGCUCUUGUUCACAUUUAGAGGACUAGUAAGCAAAGGGAAGAAAGGAAAAAAGAGAAAAUGGCCAACUUUGUAUUAAGGCCUGCCCAACCGAAGGAUGUAUCCGAUAUAUUGCGUCUCAUAAAGGAACUUGCUAAAUUUGAAGAGAUGGAGGAGAAGGUGGUGCUCACUGAGAAAGAUCUUCUUGAGGAUGGAUUUGGAGAACAUCCAUUUUACCACUGCUUGGUUGCAGAGGUCCCCAGAGAUCACUGCUCACAGGGGUUUUCUGUAAUUGGCUUUGCAAUGUAUUACUUCACAUAUGAUCCAUGGAUCGGAAAGCUUCUUUAUUUGGAGGACUUUUAUGUCAUGCAGGAGUUUCGAGGUCUUGGCAUUGGUUCACAAAUCCUGAAGGUGCUGAGUGAGAUUGCUGUAAAGACCCGCUGUAGCAGUAUGCAUUUCAUUGUAGCAGAAAAUAACAAGCAGUCUAUUGAGUUCUACAAGAGAAAGGGUGCAGCUGAUCUGUCCUCGCAGGAGGGCUGGCGUCUCUUUGAGAUCCAAAAGGAGGAUCUGCUGAAGAUGACUGCAAAAUGAAAUGCUCAGAUCAAUACUAUAACUAUGCUGUAAUAUGUGUAUAUAAUUCAUAAUUACCUUAUUCUGCAACAGUAACCUCAUUCACACCAUAUAUUAAGCAGAUAACUUGUAUUAAUGGACUGCUUCUUAAUGAAAACUGUUUUUUAGUCUAAUAUCCUCCAUGUUAUCCAAGUUGUAUUUCAUGUACCAAAUAAGUAAAAUAAAAAUAAUUCAUGGUUGAUUUAUAUGGUGCUUAACAAAUAA